CCUGGGGUUCUAAAAGCUCCUCUGAACGCUCGACGGUUUCAGUUACACGCGAACGCGCGAGCAAGCAAGCGCGAGAGAGAGAGAGUGAGCGCGCGAGAGAGGAAGUAGUGGCUGCUUUCUCCUGUUUGCAGGUUUUAAGUUGGGCGAAGUUUGGAACAGCUCGAUCCCUCUCACACACACACACACGCGCACCCUGACAACCGGACCACCAUGAGCAGAAGUUACAGCGUGUCCCUGACCGGACCCUCACCCUGGGGCUUCAGACUGCAGGGGGGCAAAGACUUUAGCAUGCCUCUCACCAUCUCCAGAUUGACGGAUGGAGGAAAAGCAGCCAAAGCGAAGAUCAGCGUAGGAGACGUGGUGCUGUCCAUCGACGGCAUCGCGACGGACACCAUGACUCACCUGGAGGCUCAGAACAAGAUCAAAGCCUGCACGGGCAACUUGAGCCUCACCCUGCAGAGAGCGUCCAGCGUUCCCAAAGGCGAAGUUCCCAAGGAAGAAUCACCGGAGAUCAUUAAACCCGUGCCCAUCAGCCACCAACCUGCCCCCGCCCUUAGCGCCAGCCCCACCAACCCCCCCCCAAGUAGUGCCUACAACAAGACGGCCCGCCCCUUUGGAGGAUCAUCUAAUUUCAGAGCAGUCAGCCCGUCUUCCACUCCUGCAGCGCCCAAAGCCUCCAUCCCUUCUGCCUCCUCAGCUUUCACCCCCGCUGCUCCCUCCCAGCAACCUCCACCACAGCCCCCCUUCCCACUGGCCAGCAGCUCCACCUCCCGCACCGUCUCCUCUCUUAACCCUGCCCACAAACCCGGCACCGCUUACUCCCCUUUCUCUCACUCCUCCUCGUCCUCGUCCUCUGGCUCGUCUUCGCCAGCCAGAGUGACAGGCCCCAGCCCCUUAUCUGCUCCUGUUGUCCCACAGCCUUCGGUCUAUAACACGCCAAUCAACCUGUACUCCAAUGCGAACGCAUGCGAGGUGGCUAUGGGUCAGAGGCGCGGCCUACUGGAGCAACAAGGUGGAGUGGAGCCUCAGAACGGUGGGCCUCACAGUAUUCUUAAAAAGACUCCGCCCAGAGUUCCCAGGAAGCCCAUCGCAGAUACGGAGCCGGCGGUGAACCACGGCUCUCACCUGAGCGACGCCAGUAAAAAGCGUCUGAUCGAGGACACCGAGGACUGGCACCCACGCACCGGGACCUCUCAGUCCCGCUCCUUCCGCAUCCUGGCACAGAUCACGGGCACGGAGAACGAACAAGCCCACGAGAGCAGUCCAGGAAAGAAUGAGGCUGUAGAGGACGUCCAUGCGAACACUCAUGCCACGUCCGUGGUUAAAACCAUGACCAAAGUGUCACGGACUGGGAAUGGAGUCCCUCAACCUACCACUGUGACUACCAAGAGCUGGCAGUCUGGAAACACUGCAGGACUUCCUAAAGCAGGUGUGCCAGCGGUGCAUACAGGGCGGGUGACCGGUAGCGUUCAGAAGGGUCCUGACCGCCCCGCGCCCCAGCCUCACCCCAAAGACCAGGAUUCGCUGGUGCAGAGAGCAGAACACAUCCCUGCUGGAACCCGCACUCCCAUGUGUGGUCACUGCAACAUGGUUAUCAGGGGUCCGUUCUUGGUGGCUAUGGGGAAGUCAUGGCACCCGGAGGAGUUUAACUGCGCUCACUGCCGCAGCUCUCUGGCCGAGGUGGGCUUUGUGGAGGAGCGCGGCGCCGUUUACUGCGAGCACUGCUACGAGCAGUUCUUCGCCCCCAGCUGCUGCCGUUGCCAGCAGAAGAUCCUUGGGGAAGUCAUCAAUGCCUUGAAACAAACCUGGCAUGUGUAUUGCUUCCUGUGCACUUCCUGCCAGCAGCCCAUUCGCAACAACACCUUCCACCUCGAGGAUGGACAGCCCUACUGCGAGAGAGACUAUUACAAUCUUUUCGGUACCAGUUGCCAUGGCUGCGACUUCCCUAUCGAGGCAGGGGACAAAUUUCUGGAGGCUCUGGGCUUCACCUGGCACGAUACCUGCUUCGUGUGUUCGGUGUGCAGCACCACUCUAGAGGGUCAGACUUUCUUCUCCAAAAAAGACAAGCCGCUGUGCAAGAAGCACGCACACACUGUCAAAAUCUGAUCUUCGAGAGAAGCAGUCAAUGGGAGGAAUUUAAUUAAAAGGAGGGGGGGGGGACAAAAGCAUUUAGUGUUUAUUAUAUGAGAGUGAUUUCUAAGGUAUUGGUAAAGACGUUACUGGGAACAGUGGUUAGUUCUCCGAUACGCUGAUCGUCGGAGUACGCACCGUAUCCGUACAGUACGUCGCUAGUCUUUAUGUUUUGUGUGUGGAGCUCUAUGAAAUAAAGUAUUGAUGAGAAUCAUGAUGCUCUGGAAGACAGUAAUAUAUCAUUUGCUAUGUGCUUUUAUGUAUUAUCUGUCCUCUUCAACGCACAUAUUGAUGAGUAGCUAUAAAUGUACUGUUCUCAUGGUGUUUCCUCGUCUUUCUGUUGCUCGAGCAUUUACGUAUUAUGAUGUGUUUAAAAAAAACAAACAAAAAAAUCUCAUGUAGCCGACAUGACGGCGAAAUCGGUGAGAUGCGUUUGUUUUUUGUUUUUUUUGUUAAUAAUCUGAGCUUCACUGAAACUAAAUUGUAGAGAGUUCCGCUCACGUGUCCUGCACCUUUUCUCACAGGCUUCAGUAAUAAAAGAUGCUUUAUCCGAUCGCCUCUUAGCACGUAGGUGUUGAUUCAGAGCUACGCGUUUGAUCGGCACUCGCUGCUCCAUCUCCGCCUCCACCUCCAUCUGCUACUCCCAGGCUCUGGAACAUUUUCCCAGGUAUAUUUAUUAACGCAUUUACAGGGUUCCCGAUUGCUCCGCGCAUAUUUUCACACACUUCCUCUGACUAUAAAGAGGAAAAUUGGUUUAACAGUUAACGGUGAUGUUUUACGUAAAGAUGCAUUUUGGAGCCGUGUGUCGAAUCGCACGACGGCGCGGACGUCGCUCGUCAGUGUAUUACUUUAGCUACGAUAAACAUGUCAUAAUUCUUAAGGUGAAACAUUUUCGUUUUUAUAAGCUCUGAUGUGCACUCUGGUGUUAUGUUGUUUGUGUGUUUUUUUUUUUUUUUUUUUCCCUUUCCCUCUCCAUCUGUUCUGCAAAAGUUUGUCACUUUCCAACUAUGAAACGGGGAAAAUAAACACUGUUCUUAACAAGC